AUGGGAGUUGUUGGCAUGUGGGAGUAUAUGCAGAAGUACGCUCGGCCCGUGGAAGUCUCUUCACUUCGUAACAAAAGAAUUGCCAUUGAUGGACACAUUUGGCUGUAUGAGAUAAUGCGCGGGAGCGUCGCGCAUUGCUCGACGUCGAAGAAACCGCACCUAAGCACGUUUUAUAACAGGUGCAAUACACUAAUAGAACAUGGCAUCGAACCAAUUGUAGUCUUUGACAGUUUGGAUGAGAAAAUCCGCAAUGAGAAUGCGGCUCUAAAAAGAGACAGAAAACGAAAUACCACAUCGUGGGCUCCGGAGUUAAAAAUGGAAUUUGUGUCAAAAAUAGAUGAAAUCAAAGAGCUUCUUGAUGCUAUGGGCGUGCGUUGGAUGGCUAGCAAACUAGAAGGUGAAGCACAGUGUGCACAGUUAGAGAAACGUGGCUUAGUCCAUGGCUGCAUAACUCGUGAUUUCGACUACAUUUUAUUUGGUGGAAAUAAUUUGUAUCAGAUAGAAUUUGAUCCUAAUGGGAAAAUUGAACACAAUACUUUUCUUUUGUCUAUGGACUACAUUCAAGAAAAACUGUGCUUAAGUCGGUCUUGCUUGAUAGCGAUGUCGUUAAUGAUGGGGUGCGACUACUAUCAGAAAGGUAUUCCCGGGGUUGGCGUUGUAACCGCACUCGAAAUAGUUUCUGAGUUUUAUGUAAUGCAACAAGACCACCCGCAGGUGAUAUUGGAUCGAUUCAAGUCUUAUGCGUCAAAAGCUGUACCAGUCAGAGAGACCGAUAGUCUAGUUAAGCAGAAACUUAGGGCAAGUAGUGAACGGUUGACCGUAGACCUACGCGACUUUAAUCCAAAUUCGGAUAUUGUGUCGAACGCUGUCAAUGUUUACAUGGUACCUUGUGUCAUUGAAUAUUCUAGAACGCAGUUGCCGAAAAAAAUACUUCCUGAUCAUGCCAGAAUUCAAGAGAUUCUUCAGCGCGAAUCCCAGUGCGACACAAAACAUUUAUUAAGUACUGCUGAAAAGUCUUUCAAAAAACAGCUAAAGUCUAGGAGCCUCGCAAGUCAGCGGCGGUUGACAUCAUUUUUUCCGGUUAUGCGUUCAAGGACUGUUGUUGCUUUAUGUUCGAAAGAAGAAAGUUCUAAUUGUUCUAAGCGGGAAUGGGCUGCAAUGGAACGUCUUCGCCUAAAUGCCAGCCAGUAUAGCUUUAAUCCGUUUACCACACAGGUUAUUGAAGUGAUCUCAGUCCCAUCACCAGCUGAUGAGCCAGGAAAUGCAGUAGAAAUGAAGCCAGCAGACUUAGUUCCGGGAACAUCAGGAACUUUGAAGAGAAAGUCGAGCUGCAAUGAAGCGCAGCAGGAAGUUCCCGCCAAAAAAACUUGCAAUGAACAAUCGUUCACCCCAUCGGAUACAGUCCCAAAUAAAGAUUCAUCACCCGUUGUGACAAUGCGUAACGGUGAACUUGUAGCUAUAGAUGAGGAUUCUGAAGAAACUAACGAAGUAAUAGUCAUUGAGGACGUCCCAGUGCCCGAAAAAAACCGUUUUCAGGCUAUUCAGUCGACAGCGUGA